AUGAUCAAGUGGCAAUCCAUUGCGUUGUUUCUGCUUGUAGCAUUGGCCAAUUCGAUUCGGGCACAAACCAAUCCCCGGUUGAUUUUCUCGCCUUACGAUGAGGUUGACUCCGAUCCAAUUUACGUUCCUGGUGAUAAACACAAAUUACCGGAUUCAGUGGAAGGGGAUGUUAUGAAUGAUGAAUCACAAAAUUUGCAACAAUUAAUCAAUCAAAUGGUUGGCCAUAUGCCAGAAAAUCAACAGGAUCCUCUUCACCAACAGCCCAAAAUAACCAAUGUCAAUAUCAAUAAAAUCUAUUCGCCGCCUUGUUCCCCAUGUGAAAAGAAUGAUGGAAAUUGUAAUCGAAAUGUCCAACAAUCAAAUGGAUUAAUGUAUGGCAAUAGAUUAUGUGGAGCAUUAACAGGUAUUUACAAUCGUAUGGAGCAAUUUGAAAAUCAAUUAUGCGAUGGAAUCAAUGAACAGCCAAUCGCUACAGUGUGCAGACUAUUCAGAAUGGUUGCUAAAUUUAUGCAACAAUUGGUCAAAAUGGUUUGUGAUCGCGAAAAUCGUCGACAACUACCACCACAACUUCGAACCGUUGCCAAACCAAAUCACCCACAACGACAACUUCGAAUCCCUGCCAAACCAUGUCGACCAAAUCAACCACAGCGACAACUUCCAACCCCUGCCAAGCCAUGUCAACCAAAUCAACGACAGCGACAACUUCCAACCCCUGCCAAGCCAUGUCGACCAGAUCAAGGAGAUUAUGAUUCGCUCGAUUCAAAGGAUAAAUUGAGCCCUGAAGAGAAUUGUAAAACAAGUUUGUUUAUAUAUCAAAUUCUUGGCGGAACUUGGGCAGAUAAAUGUUUUCUACAAAAAAAUGAAUCUUUUUGUGAGAAACUGGAUCAAGAUAUGGAAAAAUUAUUGAAAACUUAUAUAAAAAAUUGUGAUCCAAAAUGUAGUCAUGUUCAACAUGAUUUGCUAACGUUUUGGCAAGAACAAUAUGAUCAAUGCAUCCAAAAUCAGUUCAACAAAGAGCAAUGUGAAGCCACCAAAUCGUUGAUAGAUAAAAUUAAUGACCAAUUGCUCCAACUAUGUCCAGUUCCGGAUACUGGCAUUUUGGAUGAAGAUUUCUGA